UAAAUGGACUGUACUUUCUAGUCUUUCCGACUACUCAAAGCGCUUCACAAUGUCGUCUAUGUAUUAAGUAUAUAUACUUUUAUAUACUGUAUGUAUAUAAAACAUUCCCAUUUAUACUUAAAUGUUUUUAAGUUAUUAGCUCAACUGUACACUGUAUGCCCACUUGUGUUAAAUUUUAGACGAAAACGUGUUCGUUUAUUUAUUUAUUUCUCGUACUAUUUAUUCAAACAGUCCAUACACAAAAGUUCAUUCAACUUAAACUUAUUAAAACCUCCUGUAGUCAAACUAUGUUUACAAUUUUUUUAGUUGUAAAUAUAUAGACGCAUUCACAUUUUUUUUAGUUUUACCCGCAAUAAAGUAUGAAAGCAGCAGCUUAAUAAAUUAUUUUAACUAUUAAAUAACGGACUCUAUAAAAAACUCUAUAGAGCCAAAUACGAUUAUUUCGAUUGUGUUCCGUAGCCUAUUUCAAUGUCCUAUUUAAAUGAAAAAAGUUUUGGCUAUUGUAUGGUAGGCCUAUUUAAAGGCUUCUUAAAGGCAGCGUCUGAAUUACGAGACUUGUAUGGUAUGAAGAAAAUACCAUUUGAAAUGAGUCAAAAACCUUCAAGACUUUACAGCAGUAAAAGGGUCUGGACCUACUUGACUGCGUGUUAAUUAGGUAUUUACAAUAUUCCCGUCAAGGGAAAUCUGUUGUUUUGGAGAUUUUUGAUCCAAGAAAAUCUGUCCAUUGCCAAUAUUUAAGCAGCAUUUACGAUGUGUUCAUUUUAUCUUUUUAUGAAGCUGAGCUCUGCUUCAGACUGGUUUGCCUUCUGUGAUGUGAUAAAUUCUUACAGGCAGUGUCUGCAUACCAAAACUUCUCGUAUUCACUUUCAAAACAAAAUACCCAGUGAUUGUGCGUGAAGUGUAAUUAGAAAUACGUUCUAUAUUUAUGCCUUCUAAAUCCAGAUCCGUAUAUGGAAAUGAAGGCUUUGGCUCCAGGAAAAGCAAAUUACCGCUUGGAAUUCACAGAGAUUAUCGCAGCCUCAGUUCACCCUAUUUGACACGGCUGCCUCGGUUAUUUAAAAUCUGUUGGGAAAAAAGGACCAAACUACAAUUCCGACAUUUAAGCUCUUCUCAUUGAUGAGUUCACUUGCGUUUCUUAAGUUUAUUACACUCUUGUUUUUAAUGACUCCGCUGGUUUUAUUGUCGUUCAAUUACUUGUUUAGGGGAACUAAUAUUAUAGCAAAAGAAAGGAAAUGCUAUAAACACAAUUUAUUGUUCUGUAAAUACUUUUAUUGGUAGCUUGUAAACCUAAAAUGCCCUUAGUCUAUUGAUUUGGUCACAGCUUCAAUUAGGCUGAAACUCAUUCACUUUUAAUAAAGUUAUAUGCAAUUCUUUCAGUUUCAUAUCAGCUGAGAGUUUAAUGUCACUUUCCCAAAUGCUUUAAUUGUUUAUAUUUUUAUCGACCUGGCAUUCGGACGAGGUGUUAAACAACGGCUCAAAGUGAACUGACUCCAUGGUUACGCCGUUUUUGCCUCCCAGCGGCCCAAUUCCUCUGCGUCAACCUGCGUCAUGAUUUAUGGAAAAAUAUUUUAACUUUAUUGGAAGUGCACUUUGAAACAUGUGGCAAAUGUUCAGUGCAACAAUAAAACAAGACUCGUAGGCUCAUUUUGAUUUAACCCCACGCAUUCCUUAUCGUUAGUAGUGCGCUUCUAGAAUUUGUAUGUGGAUGGGGUUAUUAAUCUAAGUCACUUCUGUCAUAGCACUGAGGCAACGUGUAGAAAAUGAAAGUGGUUUGCAGAUAAUACCUUCAAGCUUUGUCAGCGCCAGUGUCUCCAAUUAACGCGCUGUCUGGUUGGCAGCCCUGACUGCAGGGUGGAGGCCCUCCGAAAAUUAAAAUUCCCACAGCCUGCGGUCUGAGGAGAGGCCAUUUCACGCAAAAAAUAUCCUGAGCAUCUACCACUGGAAAACAUAGUCGGUUUCUACUCUGAACAUGUCUAAAACACUGCGUAACGUGCAAGAUUAAGCUUAUGAUAUAGAAAAACAAAAUGCUUUACGAUUUGAACGGACACAAGACCCUCAGGUAGAGAGGACAUUCUGUGCUCCAUCACUAAACUGAGGCUGUACAGUAUUCCAAAUCACACAACACUGUUAUUACUUAUGUAUUCAUUUUGUAAUGACUAAAGCUCAUUCAAGCCAUAUGCUAUCUAAAAUCUCGAGCUGAAACUUUAUGCAGAAGCCUAUCACAGGUUACGCUAACACAUUAACCUUUAAUGAAGUUUAUACUUUUCAGUCUGGUCCUUACUGGGUCGCUGUGAUCCAACGGAAGCUGUCCAGAUGAGCUGGAAAUUGGUCCUUUAAGACGGAAGGACAAAGGAAUGUGGUGAAUUCAAGCUCAAAGGCCAAAGCUCGGCGCCAGAGUCGCGACUGAUGUUUAAAGGACUCGGUUUGGGGUAUUGCUGCUGCUCCUGAAAUGAAAGCGCACCAGCCGCCCAGUCUUUCUCCGGUCCAACUCAUUUCUCCUACGUUUCUGCUAUAUCCUACCUUCAUCCUCGUAAAUAACGGUGUUAGCCUCAUAAGCAAUGCGUAGUUAAUAUUUAAUCGUCGUAAAUAACGGUGUUAGCUGUAUAUGCGACGCAGAGAUCGGAUUUAUAGCCCCGACUAGCAGCCUGCCACCCCCAAAGAGGCCAAGACUGAGAUUAUUGUAAGGAAAAAUACAGAUUUACAAUCCCGAUGACUUUGAUAAAGGUCAGCAGAAAGUCAAAUGUCUGGACUCACUGCAGUCUGCUGCUGCUCUUCAGUCUCCUCAUUAAAAGCCCAAUGACGGAUUUUAUCCCUCAAACGCUGCCGACUGAAAGGCUUUGAGCACAAGUGGACAUCACCGGUAGCUCCAACACAGACCAACAGAGCGAGGUGACCUACUAUUCCGUUACAAAAGAAAGCUGUAACCGGCGUCCAGCCUCAGUCCCCGGUACCUCCACCGAGCUCCGUUCCGAGUUGUGUUUACUCAUGGCAGCCUGACCGCUGAGUGAGAAGCGCCCUUUACCCGACCGGGAGGAAGCCUGCAACAGAUUCACUCGCGUUUACGGUCCGCACCACCACAGGCCAUAUAUCAGCCCUAUAAAUCCAAAGCAGCCGCCCUGAUGUAGGAUUUUAUUAUGGUAUUAAACGGACCCCAAAAAAGUAGUUGAAGUAGUUUGCGCUAUAAAGACAAGGGGCAUAACCACGCAGGGCCCGAUUUAAUGGCGCUCGUUAACAAAAAUGACUGGUAAUCUUCCAAUAAAACAGUGUCACGCGUCUCUGCAGCUCACAGAAAACCUUCCAAGUAGAUUCAGAAAGCGGGUGAAUAAUUGAACACAAUAGGUGCGAAUUUAAUCUAUCUUGUCUUGGAUAGAAAAUAUCUUUGCUUAACUGUAAGACUAUUGAUGCUUACAGUAAUGGCGUUUUAAAUGCAGACUCUCUGAUGUUGAGAUUGAUUUAAGUGAUUGCUUGCCCACAAUUCAGCAAGAGUGGAUGUGCUCCUGGUAAUUCGUCUCGUGCGCUUCACACUGAAAUGCACGCGCACCUAUUCUGAUUAGGUUAAGAAUGAAUAAAUAAAAACAUAAAAAUAAUUGCGCCACUUAUUUGUCAGCCAUUGUUUCCGCUCUGCAUUUCAUGCAUACUGUCCAGACGAAGCAUCAUUUAACGGUUUUAUAUAGCCUAAUUCCUGCUUGACAGCAGCCAUAGACACGCAGACUAGAUAUACGGGCGAACUGUUCAUUUUGCAUAGUGCAUAUAAACAAAACAAUUUAUUUAGAAGGGAGGAAAUUUCUUAAAGAGAGAGAGAGAGAAAGAGAGGGAGAGAGAGAGAGAGAGAGAGAGAGAGGCCAGCGUGCAGGAUUGAUUUACGCUCCAUUGACGCUUUAUCAGGCUGAAGAAAAAGUCCGUCCAAUCAGUUUGCGCCUCGCACAGACCCGACAAACCCCCGCGCAAAGUGCGAGGCUGUAGGUUGUAGCAUUUCUCUAUAGUGAGCAAGUUGUUUGGGAGGAAGGGGGCUAGUGUAGAGAGAGAGAGACAGAGAAAGAGACAGAGAGAGUGACAGAGGAAGGGAGGGGGCGAGCUAGCAAAAGACAGAGAGAAAGAACGAGAGGGAGAAAAAUCUCGUAAUGUGUCUCUUCUUGUUCUCCAUUUAGUGAACUCGCGGCGUUUCGCAGAUAAUGUCCGAGAAUGUCCAUUUCUGGGACUUUGAGCAACUAUUACGUGGACUCCAUCAUAAGUCACGAGAGCGAUGAACUCUCAACCCCGGCUCGCUUUCCCAGCGUCCAGUAUUCCGGCACUAGCUCCGCAGCAGCCGCGGGUGGAAGGCAGCCCGGCGGCGCGUCACACACGGAGCAUCCCUAUCCCGAGUCGUACCCAUCCUGCAGCUUCCAGCCGAAGCCUCCGGUCUUCUCAUCACCCUGGAGCCCGUUCAGUCCUCACCACGGUGCCAGUGGCCUCCCUACUGUCUACCACCCUUACAUCCCAGCCCAGCACGUGUCUGCCGCGGACACAAGAUACCUACGCUCAUGGCUGGACUGCGCGCCACGCGGCUCCGAGUCUGUCCCGGGGCAGGGCCAGGCGGGGCAGGUCAAGCUGGAGCCACAGCUCAGCCAUCUCGGCGGGGAGAUCACACCCAAUGUCGGCGGACAGCACCAGCACGAGACUACCACGUACAUCUUGGAGUCGACGUCCACGGCGGCGCGCGAGCUAAGCCACCAUCCGGCCGCCAUUCCGGGGGCAGGGUUCGAAGAAAAUAAGGACAUUUGUGAAGGGAGUGAGGACAAAGACGGCCUGGAUCAAAAUGACCCCUCUGCCAACUGGCUACAUGCGCGCUCCUCCAGGAAGAAGCGGUGCCCGUACACCAAAUAUCAGACGCUCGAGCUGGAGAAGGAGUUCCUGUUCAACAUGUACCUCACGCGGGACCGGCGGCACGAGGUGGCACGCGCGCUUAACCUGACGGAGCGGCAGGUGAAGAUCUGGUUCCAGAACCGGAGGAUGAAAAUGAAGAAACAGAGCAAGGACCAACCCAAGGACUAGCGGGACUCUCACCCGCGCGCGCACGUACACAUUCAGACGCACAUGCACGCACGCUAGCACCAUAUAUUCAACAUAAAGGCCCCUAUUUCUUCUGUCUAGAACACAAAAUGGCCUUCCCAAGAACUGCAAAAAUACACACACAUACAUCUGCAGUUUCCAAUUUGGUUUCACCUUCAGGCACUACCACAUGAGCUUCUGUCGAAUCACACCGAUCUAUACAACUGAUCGGUGGCUUCACUGAUCGCUAACAGACGCUGAGGACGUCACCACGUUAACACUGAAGUCUUAAGAAGGUCGGAAACGCUCCGUCUGAUGUUAGAAGGAGGCUGGGACUUUGGAAUCAUGAGUUUGUGGUCAUGGAGGAUGAUGGAUAAAAACUCAACCAACCAACAGCAAUUCCUCUUGAACCUCCUCUCCUUUAAAAGGAUGGGACUCAUAUAAAACUGCGGAUUGGAAUGUUUGUUUGAUGAGCUGAUGGCUCUUGUUCGUCCUCCGUCUUCAUAGUUUUAUAUUACGCUAUUAUUUAGGCUUUGAUUUUAGGUUACAUGAUGAAAGGAAAGAAAACAGCUGGCGAUGUUACAACAGACUGGGGGUGGGUGGGUUCUUUUUUCUCAAGCACUACUCCUUCUUUUAUUAGUUAUUUAUUGAUCUAUCGCUGACACCGGAGGCGUGCGAAACUGGGGUUUCACGUGGUCAUUAAUAAGCACUAGGAGCUGAGGAGGAUACACACAAACACACGCACACACACACUGGUUUCAUCCUUCUUUUUAUUCUCCUUUUUUCUUGCUUCUCUCAUUGCUGGCAGAAUUUGAUUAGAAAGCGCCUGAUGGUCGGCGUUGAUAGCAGCAAGCCGCCGUUUGUUUCCCGGCUGUCGGCCUGUAAGUAAUGAGCAGAUAGCCUACUAGAGGAGGAGGAGGAUGGGAUGGGACAGGGUGGGGGUGUUAACCCGACUCAGUAACCGGGGAUCCGAUUAGGCUGCUGUCGAUACCGUGGAUCCCCGCCCUUCAGCUACUUCUCCAGAUGCUUUGUGCGCUGCGGCUCAUCUGCGGCUUUUAUCGACUAUCGAUAGUCCUCCCCUCCGCAUCACAUGAGCCUGAAGUUAGCAGGGUUUAUCUGAGAAGAGACACAGCACAAAGCACCAGUUUUGGGGGUUUUUUAAAGUUUUUUUUUUUUAUCAUACCCACCCUUCUUGAAACUUGAGGCUUCGAGCAUCAAGACUCAGUUUUGGCUGAAUCCAAGUCAGAUUUAUCCAGGUGAAGUUAGCCUUGAUCACCUGCUACUCUGACCUGAAUUUACUUUAGAUGAUAAAUAGGCUACUCCAGAUAGUUUUGGCUGCUUCUUCUCAAAUUCUGACCCUACAUGCUUUCUCAACACUCACUCUCAAACAUUAUUAAAAAAACAGGUGACACAAACGCUUCUUAAAUUAGACUGGCCAUUACAAAUCAUCCAUGGCUGCUAAUUCGUUUAGGUUACCAGCUAUUUGCAGUAAAUAUGUAAAAAUGUUAAUUUCAGAUUCAAGUGCGCACAAAGUCCAUGUGUGCAGUGUGCAUGUAGCACUGGUCUGCGCCCUGCAGACUCAAAAACCUCUAUCCUCUCGGUCACCAUCUUCCAAUGUUUCUUCAAUAUUUCAGUGCAUUGCAUUUUAGAAAGAAUCAGCUCUAUUUUUAUACAUACAGUAUAUUGUGUAUUAUCUGCUAUGCAAGGCCGGUUUCUCUCUCAUUUCAGGAAAUAUAGGGAUAGUAUGCGCAACGGCGGUUUCUAAACGCAUACUGGUACUGAAGAAAGAGCGAAAUAUCCCGAUGCGCAUGUUUACUGACGAUUUUGAAGUUCCUUUUAAUUUUUCCCCCGGGAAUAUCAUUCAUAGAGGUUCGAUAACACAUUUAUAUCCACAGACAUAACAGAACAAUUAAGAUUAAGAUUUUCGCGCGAAAUGCUUCUGUAAUAGUGUCUAAAUGUACAAUAAUAGCUCUGAGUAUUAUCUGGUUAGACUUAAGUUUCUGCAGAAUUUUAUUGAUCUGAGUUUUAAAAUAUGAAGAGGAAAUGUUGGAAAGCCAACCUGCUACUAUGGCGUUAUUUGAAGUUUUGGCGUAGUUAAAUGGCGUCCAUGGCAGUUUUACGGACGAUCAUAAACAACAUUGUCCGUGUGUGUGUGUGUGUGUGUGUGUGGUGUUGGACUUUGUGGCUUGCAGACCACAAAGGCUGCUUGUGCACCAACAUUGUAAAAAUUAGACGCACAUAUAUAUUGUUUACACACACACACUUGCGUGGAUGUUGUCUCCAGUUUAGUUUAUGUUGUUUUCAUUUUUAAUUUACACGCAGAAAUGAACGGGUCUACAACCAGCCUUUUUUGCAAAGUCGAAACAGAGAAGCGCUACAAUUUCUCGAUAAGCAGCAUCGAAUCCUCUAUUUACGAGUAAAAAUGUUUACAUGGUUUGCGCAUGCCUCGAGUCUCUUGUCAUUUGAAGACGUUAUUUCGUCGUUUAGCUCUGUGUGUUAAAUCUGUUGGAGGGGAAUGCUUACUGAAAAAUUAAAACAGACUAAAUAGAAGUUUCUUGAUAGGAAAUAUUUCUAAUUUAUUGUAUAUAAAAUUAGUAACAAGGUCUUUCUUAUUGUAAUGAGUUCAAUAUGCUGAAUAUUGUUUUGUCUUAUUGGGACAUGGCAUCUUACUAUAAUAUAGAUGAUUUUUUUUUUCAUUUUGUCUGUCAUGUUCUUUAGAUUCUGUUUUCCAUGUUGUUGUGCCGACUGUCCAACUGUUAUCUGUUCUGAUGUCAGUCCGAUGUGCUUUUUGUCUAUGAUUUGUUAAAUGUUGAACAGUAAUGAGUUGGACUCAUGCUGAUGUAGCCUAAAUACCGCUAAGUAUUGGGACAUAGAAGACGAAAGGGUUUGAUUAUAAUGGGGCAAUGCUUCUAUAUAAAUUAUCACUUCUAUUUGAAUUAUUGACUCUGUUACUUUCUGCCCUUUUUGACUUUCUCUCGCUUCCUGUAUUUACUCUCCUGACUGGAGAAGCAAAGUUUCUGGAGUUUUUGCUGUCGAUAAAUGGCUUUGUCCAGCUCCAGAAGUCAUUUUAUUUUCCUUCCGCUUUUUUAAUGAGUCAAAUCUAAUCCAUGUGGCCACAGUAAAGGCUUUAUUAACGAGCAGGCAAACUCCAGUCUCUCUGAUCUUCUCCAUGUGAAAUGUUCCAGUCCCUUCUUGUAUGUUUUCCUCUCUUCUGUGUUGUUGUCUCUUGUUUCUUUGUGCGAUGGCACUGCUGAUGCUGGAUUCCUAUUAAACAAGAUACUUUACAGUA